UCUCAACUACUCAUGCCGAGAAUAUCAAGAUGACGACUGCACCGACUCCCGCUGAUGUCCCCGCCGCGACGGCCGCGGUCGCGAAGGACUCGGCCCCCGCCACCGCCGCAGCCGCCGCCACUCCGCCCCGGCCAUGGUGGAAGAAACUCCUCUCGUUCCUCCUCGACCAGUGGCUCCUCAUCGCCAUGGGCCUGGUGAUCAUGCUGGCCUACUUCUUCCCCUCGGUCGGCAAGCGGGGCGGCCACAUCGCGGCGCAGUGGACCGUGACGUGGGGCGCGGUGGUGGUCAUCUUCCUCGUGUCGGGCCUGGCGCUGCCGUUCGACAAGCUGGUGUACCAUGCGCGCAAUCUGCGCCUGCACCUCAUCGUCCAGGUCAUGUCGUUCUUGGUCACGAGCGCGGUCUUCUUCGGUAUUUCGGUCGCGGCCCACACGAACCCGCACAUCUCGGCGCCGACGCUCGUCGGCCUCGUCGCGACCGGCUGCCUGCCGACGACUAUCGCGUCCAACGUCGUCAUGACGCGCUCUGCUGGCGGCGACGAGGCGGCAACCAUGGUCUCCGUGACCAUUGGCAACCUCCUCGGGCCGUUCAUCACGCCCUUGCUCUUGACAAAGCUCUACCUCCCCACCGUGCCGGCCUUCAAGCCGUACCUCCCCACCGAGGCGAUACACCACCUCCCCCAGCUGUACCGCACCGUCAUGAAGCAGAUGGGCCUGACGGUGUUUGUGCCGCUGUUCGUCGGCCAGAUCAUCCGCUUCAUCUGGCCAAAGCAGACGUCGUGGGUGCUGGCAAAGUUCAAGCUCGCCAAGGCGGGCUCGCUGUGUCUCGUCGCGCUCGUGUGGUCCACCUUCUGCACGGCCUUCGCGUCCGGCGCGCUCAAGACGAUCAACACCCCGACCAUCGUGUUCAACAUCUUCAUCAACAUUGUCCUCUGCGUGUCCUUCACCGCGCUGUCAUUCUACCUCUGCCGCCCGCCUGCCGCGCUGACCCGCCUCUCGCCGACAAUCUUCAAGCAGAUCAACAAGAAGGAAACCAUCUCGAUCCUCUUCUGCGCGCCCGCCAAGACGCAGGCACUGGGCAUCCCCCUCAUCUCGGCAAUGUACACGACGUCGGACGACAUGACGCGCGCGCUCCUCCAGGUCCCGAUGAUCCUGUAUACCGCCGAGCAGAUCCUCGUGGGCCAGGUCCUCAUCGCGCUGUGCCAGCGCUGGCUGGCGCAGGACAAGGUGGCUGACGCCGAGGCCGCCACGCCCGAUGGCAGCACGAUCGCAACCACCGAGUCCAAGGACGCUGAAGCUGACGGUGAUGCUGAUGCCGAGGCGUCGCGCAACAGCGCCCCAGCCGCUGACGACGCCGCCGACGCCGCCGACGCCGUCCCCGUCCCCGAAGCCAAGCCACUGCCUCGGCCGGGCGGCGCAGAUUAG